GGCAAACCUGCCACUUGACGUUUGACAGUUUUGAAAGUUUGAAUUCACUUUUUACCGUUACUUUUUUUGCCGCUAAAUUAUCUGUGUGUGUUAAGACAGCCCCGCAAUGGCCGCAGUGGCUCCAAAAAACAAAUCAGCGAUCACUCUGAAAGGCUCCGCCGAAAUCGUUUGCGAUUACUUGAAUUUCGGAAUCAACUCGAUUUUGUUCCAACGGGGGCUGUACCCACCCGAGAACUUUCAAAGUGUGGAAAACUACGGUCUGACGAUUCUCAUGUCUACCGACAACAAGAUCAAGGAGUUUCUCUCGACGACUUUAUCGCAAUUAAAAGAGUGGUUACUACAAAGGUGCGUUACGAGGGUUGCAAUGAUCAUAACGAACGUGAAAACGCGGGAGGUUAUGGAACGUUGGGAUUUUUAUGUUGAGUAUGAGGGGAAUGCGGAUGAACCUGGGGGGGCCGUGUCGGAAAAACCGUUAAAAACUAUUAAAAACGAGAUUAGGGACGUGUUGAAACAAAUCGCGUCGUCGGUCGCCUAUUUGCCUUUAUUGGACUGUUUAUGUAGCUUUGAUAUUCAAAUUUAUACCAAAAGUGAUGUUGAUUUGCCGGGAGAGUGGACUGAGGCCCAAGCAGCCCAUGUAAAAAAUGCACAGUCGGUUAAAAUGCGGUCCUUUUCAACCAAUUUACAUAAGAUGGAUACUGUCGUUACCUAUAAGAAUGAGGACUAGGUUUAAGUGUAAAGUGGAAGCGAUUUUUGCGUUCAGUGUGUUUAAUAAAUUUACAUUUUUUUACACAGAA